UCAUUUAAUUUCCCUUUUUUUUUCUUUGUUUAUUGCAGAAACAAUCGGCAUUCAGAUCAACUUGGAUUAGCUCAACCUCCUUUCCCACACCUUGGCCAGACUCCUUGCCGUUUUCACAUAUGCAGGUUGCAAAAUCUGAUGACCCAAUUAUAGGACAAGUAGACCAUAUAAUAGAUACUGCAUCUUUAGCUUCAUCAGUGGUCACUGAUCAACCUGAGAUUGAUCAUCAGGGUACGCUGAUGGAAGGUUCUAGGUGUGGGGGAGUACAUGACAGUCCAGAUGAGCAUCCAUCUAAAUAUACUAGUUCUGUUUCACAUAGUCAUAAUGAGGACACAAUUGUUCCUCCGCCUUCUAACCCGAAGGUUGGAUAUUCCGAUAUUGACCAUGUAGCAUCAGCCAGUGAGCUUUCUUUACUCCCCAUAGAUGUCACCACAGUUGCUGUUGGAGCUAUACAUGGUUUUGCUGAUGGUCAGCAACCUCAACAAGCUGAUACAAUUGUUGGUUCUUCUGUUGCCAACGGUGACAAUGGCAUGAUUUUGUCUUCUGCUUCCUCCCAUGAUGUUGGAUCUUCCCAAGAUGCUGCUGAUGGACAAAAAUCUGAAAAUGCCCAUUUUGCUUCCAUUGAUUCCAAAAGUAAUAACCAGAUAACAUCACCCAAUGAUUCUACUCAACCCCAUCUUGUUGCCCCCAGUUCUGUUGAUGGAUCCGUCAAAGAUACAUUGGAUGAACAACAGACUCAAGGUGCUGAUUCUCUUGGUGGCAUUACUUCAUCCUCUUCCAAGAUCAAUGACUCUAAGGCAGAAUAUGAUAAAAAGGGGAACGUAGACCAUGCCAGUCAUUUUGUUCUGCCUCGUAAAAAGAUGAUCACUUCUAUGGUUAAAUACCCAAAUUCCGGUAGCCCUGCUCUGACAAAAGGAGGUGUUUUGAAUAAAGGUCAUAUUGAUACAGCAUCACCUUUUGAUUCUGUUAAAGAAGCAGGUUCCAAGUUUGGAGGAAUGGUUAGAUGGAAAUCUUGUAGAACACAAAAUCCAGAGAGGCGCAGGUGUGCGGGCCAAGACCUUGAGAAACUACAGGAGCAGAUGAUUGCAUAUAAGAGACGGUCGGUGGAUGCUGAAGAGGCAAAAAUUCGAGUAUUAAUGGAGCUGGACAGCACAAAUAAACAAAUAAGUGAGUUGAAGCUAAGCCUGGAGAGGGCACAAACUGAAGAGAAUCAGGCAAAACAAGACUCUGAACUUGCCAUGCUCAGGGCGGAGGAGAUGGAACAAGGGAUUUGCAAUGAGGUUAGUGUUGCAGCAAAGGAACAACUUGAGGUUGCUAAAGCCAGGCAUGCUGCUGCUGUUGAAGAGCUGAAAUCUAUUAACGAAGAGAUGGAAACAUUACGAAAGGAAUAUGCUUCAAUGGUGACUGAGCGAGAUACGGCUGUUAAGAAAGCUGAAGAAGCUGUUUCUGCUUCGAAAGAGGUUGAGAGGAGAGUGGAAGAAUUGACUAUUGAGCUGAUGGCCACAAAGGAGUCCCUGGAGUCUGCAAAUGCUGCCCAUAUGGUGGCAGAAGAGAAAAGGAUUGGAGCAGCUGUGGGCCGAGACCAAGAUACUCUUCAUUGGGAGAAGGAUCUAAAACAGACUGAAGAGGAGCUCAAGAAAGUCGUUCAGCAAAUCGAAUUGGAAAAGUAUCUGAAACCAAAGCUAGACACUGCUUCAAUACUUCUGCAUGAUUUGAAAUCUGAAUUAACUGCUUAUAGGGAGUCUAAGUUCAAUUUGGAAAAUAAUGGACACUCCACUGAUGUGUCAGACACACCAGAAAAAAGAACUCUCACUAAGCUACCAUUUGUGGUUGCCUCGGCAAAGCAGGAACUUGAAGAGGUGAAGCUCAAAAUAGAAAAAACAACUGCAGAAGUGGAUUCUUUGAAAGUGCUUGCUGUUUCAUUAAAAUCAGAGCUUCAAAAGGAAGAGUCCUCUCUUGCCACCAUUAAGCAAACAGAAGGCAUGCCGCUUGUUGUCGCUUCUCCAAAAGAUGACACGGAUAACACUGAGUCAAGACUAGACUCAGUGCAGAUGAAUGAAAAAGAGGGCAGAGAUAAAAUGGUGGAGGUGCCAAAAAAAUUGCAGCAGGCAACUCAAGAGGCUCUCGAGGCCAAGUCACUUGCUCAAACGGCUCAUGAAGAACUGAGAAAAGUAAAGGAAGAGGCUGAGCAAGCAAAGGCUAGAGCAAGUACCAUGGAGAGUAGAUUACUUGCAGUUCAAAAGGAGAUAGAGGCAGCUGAGGCUUCAAAGAAGUUAGCUUUAGAUGCUACUAAAGCAUUGCAAGGUCAUGAAUCAGCUCAAAGAACCGAUAAUGUCGAUUCGCCAGAUGGUUUAGUUCUUUGCUUAGAGGAGUACUAUGACCUCAGUAAAUGUGCAUAUGAGGCGGAGGAACAGGCCAACAUGAAGCUGGCAGCUCUCAUUUCUCAAGUUGAGGUAGCUAAGAGAUCCCAGUCCAGUAGCUUGGAGAAGUUGGCGGAAGUAAAUCGAGAGAUGGCUGAAAGAAAGGAACAACUAAAAAUUGCUUUGGAGAAGGCUGAGAAGGCCAAGGAAGGGAAGCUAGGCUUAGAGCAUGAAUUGAGACAAUGGAGGGCUGAACAUGAGCAGCGGCGAAAGGCUACUGAAUUGAGUCAUGGAGGAAAGCCUACAAGAACAAGUUUUGAGGGGACGCAACAAACGAAGAAAGGUGUAGCUGUACCUUCUUCUCCUUGCAGCACUCUAGAUAGCUCAAAGGCAGUCAAUGGAAGUAGCACGGAAUCUGAAUCAUCUCCGGAAGCAGCGCUCUUUAAGAAGAAAAAGCAACUGUUCCCCAAGAUAGCCAUGUUUUUUAACAGAAAAAAGUUGAGCCUAUUAAAAUCCAAGUCCAAGUUCAAGUUCAAGUCCAAGUCCAAGUCCAAGUCCAGAACCUAAUAAGUAUGUCGAUGAAAUGCUGCGUUAUAUUUGCCAUUGUGAUUUCACCUCAAGUUCUUUUUUCUGGGUUGUCUCAGUGGCUAUUAGUAUUCGACUAAGAUUUUCCAGAUAAUCUCAGAGUGUAAAUUUUGUGUGUUCUUUGAUGUAUGAUGAAGUUGAGAAUACACUUUUGGUUACGGGGAAGGGUUAUAUGGCUAGAGGAUCUGAAGAAAUAAAAGAUGAUUAAGUUCUGUAUAGGCUUUGAUUUACUGGGAUGUCAAGUCUUGUAAAAUUGAUGUUUAUAAUGAAUGAAAAGAACUUGGUCAUCUUUC